AUGGGAGACUACAUGAGAGAACCAUGCCCUUGGAGGAUAAUGGACGACUGUGGAGGCGCCUUCGUGUUGGGCUCCGUAGGGGGAGGAUUAUUCCAGUUCAUAAAAGGGUACCGUAAUGCACCGAGUGGAAUCAACAGACGACUGAUAAGCAGUAUAACAGCAGUGAAACAGAGAGCUCCAGUGCUAGCAGGGAACUUUGCGGUCUGGGGCGUCACUUUCUCGGCGAUAGACUGUGCGUUUAUCCACAUCAGGAAAAAAGAGGACCCCUGGAACUCUAUCGCGAGCGGGUUUCUCACUGGAGGAGUUCUUGCAGCUAGGAGCGGAGUUUGGGCGAUGGGUGGCAGUGCGCUUAUCGGAGGAGUCUUGUUGGCGCUCAUUGAAGGAGUCCAGAUUCUAGUUAACCGAGUGGGUGCCGAGAUGGCCAUGCAGCCUCCGGAGGAACCAGAACACCAGCACAAUAAUCCAAACGCUGUCCGUGGUUGGUUCUCUUAA